CCAAAUCUGAAACAAUCCCAUCGCCUCAACCAUGCCGACUCCACACGUGUACCAUGGCGUCGACAUCACUCCUUUGGAAGGAUGGAUGACCAAGUACAAGAGCAAGGGCAAGUUCUUUGGGACGAGCAACAAGCGAUGGUUCAAGGUGAAUGUCACAGCCGUCAACAAUGCCAGCGAAACCCAAAGAUUGACAUUGAGCUAUUUCAAGUCCAAAAAAGCCACCGACGUCCGAGGGUGGAUCUACUUGGAAGACGUGACUGAAAUCAUCAACAAAUCCGACGCGAUUGAGAUCGUCUCGCCUACGCGCACGUUGCGUCUGAAAGGGGAGACGGCGGCAGAGCAUCGCAUGUGGCUCGACAGUUUGCGCCAACUAUGCUUCCCCGAACCAGCUUCGCCGCCACAAGACAGCGCCAAACAAGCCGACCGACACGCAACUUCGAAACCACAUUUGGAGCACACCGACUCGCAAAGCAAGGCGUCUUCGAAUGCACUAGCACCGCGGGAAGCAUCGACAUCAGUGCCGUACGUUCCGGUGAAGAAUGACCCCCCUCCCGAAGCCAAGACAGCUCCAAGUGAAGCAAAAUCGCAUGCCAAGCAGAGUCCCCCGCAUCAUGAUGCCUCUUCUACUACUGUGGCGAACGAACCCCCACUGGCAACCAAACAGCUCGACUCUUCUUCGCCCCCUCCCCCCCGAGCCGAGACAAAAACUGUAACUAAAAACGUUGCCGAAGCGAAACCGGCGUUGAAACCGAGGGGGUCGGUGCUCGAUUUGAAGCCCCGGGAUGAGUCGCAGAAUGCCCUCGAGUUCUCCGACUCGGACGCGUCCGACGACGACGACAAUGAAGACGAAUAUGGCGGCGAUGCCAAAACCAGCCAUGCCGCCACCGACCAAGAGCAACCCUCAGCCAGCGACAGCACAAAUUAUCACCGUGGGUCCACCCCCAACGAUGAAACUUCUCCGCCACCUCGUGCUGUCUCCGAGACCAACAACAAACGAAGCGUCGAGUCCUUUUCAAACUCGAACAAUUCGUCCGUCGACGAGGCAAAACAGCUGGACGACGGCGACACGGAAGUCGAACGCUUUGAGCCGAGUCCCGCGCGACCAGCUCCGAAACAACCCGUGAGCGACUAUUUCGACGACGACGCUGACGAGUUCCCGAAGAAGCCCACGGCAGCGGUGUCGUCGUCCCCGCCCAAGCUCGCCCCGUAGGGCGGAUACGAUCUUACGCUAUAUCCCCUUAAGUCACUCUAAACUGAGUGUAUGGUGUUUGUUGUAGAUCGUCGUCCACGGUGCGUGCCGACAACAAUUUUGUCACGGAAGACUGGGACGACAAUGAUGACCCACAUGUGAUUAAGGAGUCGAAAGCCGCCCCAGCCCCCCACGCCGGUGUGGCCUCAGACGCCAACUUUGUCACAGAAGACUGGGAUUAAGACCUAUGCAUGAGAACAUCCCCUUGUCGACCCGCUCAAGUUAUGUGUGCAUGUUGCUUAAGAAGCUAUGAAGCUGGGCGAGGCGUUGCAAUUCCAUAACGUUAAGCCAUGAAUUCGGACAAAUACACCUUUCUUUGCAAGAGCAAAU